UGGUUUUGGUUUUUGGCAGUGCGUUGAGGAAUUCAGGAGCCCACCCUCUCAGGAGAAAUACCUUAGAUACAGUUCUGUGAAUACAUGUAGUGUGAAAUCAUCACGUAAAUGUAUUCACACUGUCGAGAUCUAUCCAUGUCUGCUUUUUCCCCCACUAUUUUAAAUCGUUUUGUUGAAUUAUGAGAAGGGAGGAGGACCGUGUGGUGCUCCAGGUUUUGUUUCGGCUCUCCGCCUCUUUAAGUCUGCACCACAUCUGAUACUUUGGGCCUUUGUCGUUUGCACCGCAGUGAGUGCUCUGCUCCACAUUUUGCUUGGCUGUUCUCACCACACGGGCGCUCACCCGUGGCUGCGUAAAAAGCCGCUGCGCACCGCUUCGGAAAUGUAGUUUUGCGCGUCCCCGGCGGUCUCCAAAAAAUGGACCUAAAAUCCGAACUCCUGAAGUCCAUCUGGUACGCUUUCACGUCGCUGGACGUGGAGAAGUGCGGGAAAGUUUCCAAGUCGCAGUUAAAGGUGCUGUCCCACAACUUGUACACAGUGUUGAACAUCCCACAUGAUCCCGUUGCUCUGGAGCAGCAUUUCCAGGAUGAUGAUGAUGGACCAGUGUCUAAUCAUGGCUACAUGCCCUACCUCAGCAAAUACAUACUGGAUAAGGUCAAAAAGGGGAUGUUUGAUAAGGAGAAAUUUGAUGACCUGUGCUGGACAAUGACCAUGAAGAAGAACUUCAGAAGGGUGCCACAGGGGACACUGCUAUCGGAAAGGGACUGCUUCAAGCUCUUCUGUUUAUUCAACCUUCUGUCAGAGGACCGAUACCCACUGGUGAUGAUACCAGAGGAGGUGGAGUAUCUCCUCAAGAAAAUCUCCACUGCGAUGAGCGAGGAGUGGGAUGGGAAGCCCAUGGAGGACUUACUAUCGCAGGAUGCUACAGUGUGGGAAGAGGGAAUGUCCGUGUGGACCUUCCUGGAGGAUAUGAGUGCAGGCCGGCUGCUGAGCGUCACCAGCGCUGAGGCCUUCAGCCUGGCUUUAGAUGAGGUGUUCCUGGAGAUCUAUCACAGCGUUCUCAAGAGAGGUUACAUGUGGAAAAAGGGGCAUGUGCGUAGGAAUUGGACUGAGCGCUGGUUUGUGCUGAAGCCCUCCUCCAUGGCCUACUAUGUCAGCGAGGACUUAAAAGACAAGAGAGGGGAGAUCCAGCUGGAUCAGAACUGUGUCAUAGAGUCUAUUCCAGACAGGGAGGGGAAGCGCUGUCUGUUCUGUGUGAAAACCCAUAGUAAAACCUACGAGAUGAGCGCGCCUGACCAGAAACAGAAAGUGGAGUGGACUCAAGCCAUUCAAACUGCCCUCCGUCUUCAGAGUGAGGGAAAGUCUUCCCUUCACCAUGAACUCAAACUGAAGAGACGGAUCCAGCGGGAAAACAGUCAGCGGGAACGCAGCCGGAGCGCCCGCAGCAGCUGCAGCAGCAGGGGCAGCCAAUCUGAUGACUUGACUAUCAAUGAGACGGAGAAGACAGAAAAAGACAAAGACAAACAGGACUUAGAGAUUGAAAACAUUAUCAAGCAUGCACGGGAACUGGAAACUCGCCGAAGGGAGGCAGAGGAGAGAGAGCGGAGGAAGCAGAAGGAGGUGCAGAUGGAACUGGAAAGACAGCUGAAAGAGGCUGAGAUGAUAAAAGACAGCAUGCAGGCUGAGAUGCAGGUGAAGGAAAAGGAGGCUGAACAACAGAAGAAGAGGAUCAGGGAGCUGGAGCUGACACAGCAGCAGCUGGAAGUUGCCCUUAAUAUGGAGAUCCAGGCUCGGCUGGAGGAGGAGAGGGCCAGACUGGAGCUUGAGCGGUUGCUGCAGGCUGAAGAUGAAAAGAGGAAACAUUUCCAGCUCCUCCAGGAGCAGCAACGUACAAUGCAAAACCUCAGCCCCAUACAGGAGCUGUCAGAUGGCAGUCCCGAUGAGGACACCCCCUCAGCCCUCAACUCUGCCUCUCAGGAGCUCCAGGAUCUGCAGGCAUCUCGCCAAAGAAGUCACCAGCGUCUGGAGGAGGUUCAGGAGAGGCUGAGGAAUGCCAGUCAACAUGUACGGCACUGGAACAUCCAGCUGAACCGACUGAUGACCCCCAUUACUCCUGCAGGUGCGGUAUUCACUUUGCCUCUUUGCAGUACAGACUUCAGGAACAGAGUGUUAGUAUAG